UCCCCCCCAUCUUUUCCUCCCCCCUCCCCCUUUUUUUUUUUUUUUUUUUUUUUUUUUUUUUUUUAUUAAUCAGGAGCACCGAAUGGAAACCAAUCAGAUAGAGAGCCCCCUCGGCUUGGCCUGCCUGCAUGCUGGAGUUAAAAAGUGCUGCCGGCCAAGCGGGAGCCCCAGUGAGCGCCGGGGCGGCUGAGCGCCGGGGCCGGGGAACCGGAGCCAGAACCGGAGCCAGAACCGGAGCCAGAACCGGAGCCAGAACCGGAGCCGCUGCUGCCGCCGACCCGGGCCAGACUCGGCUCUCAUCGUCCCCGCUUGCUGAGAUCCUUUGAGACUGCAAAGACUAUUUAAAGAAGGAAGACGGCAUGAGGUUGGAUUCAGUGCAGUAAAGUAGGUUAGUUUGAGGACAAGACAAAAAGUCAUUACUUAGACCUUCUUGUGUUGCCGUGAUGAGAACUUACCAUUGCUUCUGGCUGCUGUUUUGGGCUGGUCAGCCCCACCAAAGUUUCUUAACUCCAUUAUCCAAAAGGACUAGUGGCUUUCCAGAAAAGGAAAAGGUUUUGGUGUUGUCUGGAAACAGCAGGCAAGAUCUCCAUCGUACCAAAAGGAGCUGGAUGUGGAAUCAGUUCUUUUUAUUGGAGGAAUACACAGGAACUGACUACCAAUAUGUUGGCAAGCUGCAUUCAGACCAGGAUAAAGGAGAUGGAUCACUUAAGUACAUCCUUUCUGGAGAUGGAGCAGGAGACCUCUUCAUUAUCAAUGAAAACACUGGUGACAUCCAGGCCACAAAGAGACUAGACAGAGAAGAAAAGCCUGUAUACAUACUCCGUGCCCAGGCUAUAAACAGAAGGACUGGAAGACCCGUGGAACCAGAAUCUGAGUUCAUCAUUAAGAUCCAUGAUAUCAAUGACAAUGAGCCCAUGUUUACAAAGGAUGUUUACAAUGCUAGCAUUCCUGAAAUGUCAGAUGUUGGUACAUUUGUUGUGCAAGUCACUGCAACUGAUGCUGAUGAUCCUACAUAUGGGAACAGUGCUAAAGUUGUCUACAGUAUUCUCCAGGGACAACCAUAUUUCUCUGUCGAAUCUGAGACAGGCAUUAUUAAAACUGCUUUGUUAAACAUGGACCGUGAAAACAGGGAGCAGUACCAAGUGGUCAUCCAGGCUAAGGACAUGGGAGGCCAGAUGGGCGGAUUAUCGGGAACCACCACCGUGAACAUUACACUGACUGACGUAAAUGACAACCCACCUCGCUUCCCCCAGAGCACGUACCAGUUCAGAGCUCCUGAGUCUAUGCCACCUGACUCACCAGUUGGCAGGAUAAAAGCUAAUGAUGCUGAUGUGGAUGAAAAUGCAGAGAUUGAAUACAGCAUCACUGAGGGGGAUGGAUAUGACAUGUUUGGAAUUACCACAGACAAGGACACACAGGAAGGAAUUAUAACUGUCAAAAAGGCAUUGGAUUUCGAAAAUAAAAGCCUGUAUAUUCUGAAAGUGGAAGCUACCAAUACUCAUGUGGACCCUCGAUUCCUCUACCUGGGGCCAUUCAAGGACUCAGCUACAGUCAGAAUUCAGGUGGAGGAUGUAGACGAACCCCCCGUGUUCAGCAGACCAGCAUACAUAAUGGAAGUGAAAGAAGAUGUUCCAGUAAACAGUGUAAUAGGAACAGUAACUGCUCAGGAUCCAGAUGCUGCAAAGAACCCUGUCAAGUACUCUGUAGAUCGACACACUGAUAUGGACAGAGUAUUCAACAUCAAUUCAGGAAAUGGUUCAAUAUUUACUUCAAAACCCCUUGACCGGGAAACACUGCUAUGGCACAACAUUACAGUAAUAGCAGCAGAGAUCAACAACCCAAAACAAAGCAGCCGUGUCCCAGUGUUCAUUAAGGUUUUGGAUGUAAAUGACAACGCUCCAGAGUUUGCCAUGUUUUAUGAGACCUUCGUCUGUGAAAAUGCAAAGGCAGAACAGCUGAUACAAACAUUAAGUGCUGUUGAUAAGGAUGACUCUUACAGUGGACAUCAGUUUUCAUUCUCCUUAGCUCCCGAAGCAGCCAGCAGCUCAAACUUUACACUACAGGACAACAGAGACAACACAGCAGGGAUUUUCACCCGAAAAACCAGAUAUAACCGGCAUGAAAUGAGUACCUACUUCUUGCCAGUGGUAAUAUCAGACCAUGACUACCCUAUCCAGAGCAGCACUGAAACAGUGACUAUUCGAGUAUGUGCUUGUGACCAUCAAGGAAAGAUGUUGUCCUGUAAUGCAGAAGCCUUGAUUCAUCCUACUGGUCUUAGCACUGGGGCUCUUAUUGCCAUUCUUCUCUGUAUCAUUAUAUUACUUGUUACAGUGGUGCUGUUUGCAGCACUGAGACGGCAGCGGAAAAAAGAGCCUUUGAUUAUUUCCAAAGAAGACAUCAGAGACAACAUUGUCAGUUAUAAUGAUGAAGGUGGUGGAGAGGAAGACACCCAGGCGUUUGAUAUCGGCACGCUGAGGAAUCCCGAAGCCAUAGAUGAUAAUAAAUUACGCAGAGACAUUGUGCCAGAAACACUUUUUAUGCCACGGCGGACUGCAACAGCACGAGAUAACACGGAUGUCAGAGAUUUCAUUAACCAAAGGUUAAAGGAAAAUGAUACAGAUCCAACAGCACCCCCAUAUGACUCAUUAGCAACCUACGCAUACGAAGGUAACGGUUCUGUGGCUGAGUCCCUCAGCUCGUUGGAGUCGGUGACUACAGACGGAGAUCAGGACUACGAUUACCUCAGUGACUGGGGACCUCGGUUUAAAAAGCUGGCAGAUAUGUAUGGCGCAAUGGACAGUGACAAAGACUCUUAAUAUGUUGCCUUUUCUUUUUCCCUUCCUCAUUUUCAGAAACAGCAUUGAGAUAUGUGAAGUGGCUAUUUCUUUCUAUUUCUCCACAGCUGUGUGAAAGGGUUCUCUGUUCUACCCGUUCAAAUUAUCUAAUGACUGCAGUCUGUGUGGAUCAGCUGUCAGAAAACUUUUUCUAGUAUCAUUUUAUGAGCUUCCAAGAGGCAAAAUUCUUAUUUUUUAGUGCAUCCAGUUUACCAAGCCAAUCUUACAGGCACAGCAGUAGUGGAGGGGAAAAAAAGGAUCAGAUGGGGAGCAAUAUUUUCACUUGUUCUGCUUAUAUUGUAAAUUGGAGUAUAUUACUGUUUAAGCUCACUUGCUCUUUUUACUUGUAUUCAGACUAUUCAGCUCAGAUGACUGCUCUGUCGAUUGUGUAUUGCACAUCCCAAUGUAAUGAGGUACCCUAGUUUACCCUAUGUAUUAUAGUCAAAAGUAGUGGUGAUGGAAUGAAGGUUUAUUAUACAAGUAGAGUAAGCUGAGAAAGAACAUGAAACAUGCAUUUUACUCAUGAGGAAGGUAGAAGGGUCAUUCAGAUCAAAGUGUUUUUCUAGAACUCACCAUUGCCCCCAAUACAUUGAAUUAUCCUAACACACACACAUAUAUAUAUAUAUAUAGUUCAUUGAUUGCUAUGUAUAUAUUUUUCUGACCUAACAUUGCUGGAGAGAUGUGUGUGUGUGCAUGUGUGUGUGGUCAGUAGCCCCAAUAUCUAAUUCUUAGACAGUUUUCCAGUUCUAACCCAGACUUGCCUUGCGAUACAGGGAAAAUCAUCUAAUCCAGCCACAGAUUAGAUCAUGACUUGGAGAAAGGAGCAGAUGAUAACUGUGGUUUUCUUCGUACUUCUUUGGUCAGCCCCCACCUCACUUCACUUCAGUGAUGGCCACUGCGCUGGGGAGGUGGGAGUCAGGCUUUUCAUAUCCAUCUAAUUCUGCUUGUUCUCAUGCGCAGGAGGGGAGUAGUAGCCUCAAGGUGACUGCCAUCCUUUAGGGCAAAAAAAGCAACUGCAAAGGAGGAAUGAGUGCUUUUUUUGUUCUGACCUUCCCUUCCUGAAUGCCCAGGGUGGCUUCCUGACUGACUCUCUGCCCAGUUUUGCUAUCUGUAAAGUGGAGAAAUAAUGCCUACCUCAUCAGGAUGUUGCAAGAAUUAUAUAAGUCACUCAUAAAAAUGCUUUAGAGAUGGAAAAUGCCGGCAUUUUGCCAGAGGAAGUAAUUUCUCAUGCUUUUGGGUUGUUGUUUACUUUUUUUUUUUUUUUGCCCAGAUUCAAGCCUUGAAUACACAAGUAAGUGAAAAUCAAUCAUCAUUCCAGUGGCCUGAAAAGCAGAUUUUAUAACUAUAACUCAUUUUUAAAAUAAACUACUCAGCCAAGGUUGUUAAAGACUUCACCAGAAGGUAAAAAUUUAAUCACAAGUCUCUCUGCAUGUUUAUCUGCUUUGCCAAGCUAAAUAAUUUUUGUUCAGGGGUGGGGUGGGGGAAGAUGCCAUAUUCUCAGGCCAAAACAAUUUUCUUUACAGCUUGUGCACCACUCAGUAUUUCUGUUGGUUUUUCAAAGGCGUGCAGUUGCUGCUCUUCAAAUCCAGCCUUCUAGAAGAGGCUAUGUGGAGAGAACCCUGAGGGGCUGCCAUGGGUUUUAUCAAAUUCCAGGAGAUAAAAGCUGCCCUGUGUCCCAAAUUAGGGACACGGCCCAUGGCACUGUGCCAAGGAAAAAAGGAAUUUUUUUUUUUUUUUUAAUAUACCUCAUACAUAACUAAUAUAAUUUAUUUCAGUUUGAAACAGUAUUUAAUACUAGAACUACAGUCAUGGAUCUAUUUUUCCCCCUCCCACAAUCUUAAGUGAAUCAGUUUGAAAACUAAACAACUCCAAUUUACUCCAAAAAAUAAAGAGAGAAGGGAAAAAAGUUAAUAAACAGAAAAUUAAAAGUGAUUAAAAAUUAAUCCCUGGAAUUCAUUACUCCUAGAGAGUUAAAUAAAGCAAGCAGUAAGAUUUCUAGGUAUUGGACUUUUACAAGCACGCCGACACAAUUUCAGGUUCUGCGAAUCGGCUCACAGUGCAAAGGAUGAGCCAGCCACGCCGUGGCACCUGGCUGGGGCUGGGAAGGACUCUUUCCCAGUGGGGAGCACUGCACAUGCAUAGGUUUAGGGCAAGCCAGUUAAUGGCUUGCAAAUGUCCAGCGUGUUAGAAGAGAUGGGUUUUCAGAAUGGAGGAGCCCAGAGUUUCAAAGGGCCCUGGGCCUUCAGCCUCCCUGAUGGAGGCCUCUCCUGGUGCUUCAGCCCAGCAGAGCGAGGUGCCCAACUCCAUUACUUAGGGGCGAGCCAACCUGUUGCACCCAUCACAACAGCAAUGGCACAAGCAGCCCUUUAUUCUCUCCUCCUGAGGGCCCCUUAGUGAUUUAAGAUGGUAACAGCUUAAGAAAGACUAGCCCUUCAUAGCUGCCUUGAAAUCCGAGCAUCCAGGAGGCAACCUGUCCGAAACGCAUCUCUGGCACGCAGGAGGGACCAUCUGGAUUUCAGAUUUGUGAAGGAGCAGCAGAUGCUCUGCACCACCUGCCACAGGUCCCUCACUUCAGGCAGUUUUCCUUGCAGGGUCAGUGGCGAUGGCAUACCCCUCAGGGGGCUCUUCCAAACAGCUCCCUAGCACCCACCCACGUCUCACCCUUCACUGCCCGGGGGUACCUUGGGCAAAUCGCCUCCAGCUCUGAGUCCAGCUGGGCACCCAAACUGAGCCAGGGAGCUGUCUCUUCCCCUCCUCAGGCCCCAAGGAAAUGGGUUUGUAUGCGGAGGGGAUGGCAGAGAAAUAUGUGAAAAUAUAUGAAACCACACACAUAUGUGGCCCAGAGAGGCAUCCCCAGCCCACGGGGAAGGGGGUGCCGCUGUGGCUUGACUGGAGACAGACCUUGCACCCUGAAAGGGCUGGGCCACCCUGCAAGUCAGCUUGCACGAGUCGCUCUUUGGGGUGGAACAGUGAGACAAGAAGAUCACUGAUCUCCUUGUAACUACUUUCCUAUGGUUGUACAGUGAUUUUGUCUGAUUUAGUGAUUGUCAGUAGCAUCCCGAGCGCAAGGGGUUUUUUGUUUUUUGUUUUUUUUUUUUUUUUUUUCUGCUUUUAAUUGAAAGCUGGUUUUAUCUUGUCCACUGAGUGACACAGUAAAUAGAGUGGCUACUCGUGCCUAUUGUGUAAAUAUAUUAUAUAUAAAAUUAUGUUUUUUCACCACAAAUAUGGUGCCUGAAUAGCAAAUGAAUUCUUCUGAGAAAAUUCAAGGCAAACUUGCAUCUAAAUUACUAUUUAUGUAUCUAGGUUUUAAGGUCUAUAAUUUCCUUCAAAUUAGACAGAUUUAGCAUCUCAUAUGGCAAGAAUUGUUCAAUUCUGUCUUUUCUUCUUGCUUGGCAGUACCACAAAGUGCAAUUUAUAAUAUCAGUACUGCAUAUGAAAUCUUGAAAGUGCCAUAUUGCAGUGAAUACAAAACUUUGCAGUAGCAUUUAUUUGCACUUUGUUGCAUGCCAGCGUGCUAGAUGAUAGAAAUGAGUAUUUAACAGUGCUUUCACACAGUGGUAGAAUUGUCAUUUAUAGAUAAACAAGUAUUACACUAUGGGCUAUGAAGUGGGUUUCAAGGCUGUUUUAAGCCUGCUCUUCUUAUAGUCACAACUGAGAAGAAGAAAUAUUAUUAGGAAGUUUAGCUGAGCCAGGCAGAGAGAUAAGCAAUGUAGUUGGCUUUUAAUUUGGAAAAGCAUCUGAUCUAACCAGGCUUUUAGUGGAGUUAACAAGCAACAGGGGCAUGUUUACAUGGGAGACUUCUCCAACCUUGGCACUUCAGAACAAUAAUAUCUCUACACCUGAAAUGGAAUAAGGUUUCUAGUAUAGCUACUUCAUCCCAGCUCCCAAAACAGACGCUUUAUUCAAGAAAAAUUAUUUUUUUUUAGUCCAGAAGAAUUAUUACUUCAAGUUAAAACUGAUUCUAUCCCACAGCAGCACCAGUAUGGGGAGACACGGCAGCACAUGCCUCCAAUGCAGUUGUGACAGGACAUCUCUCUGUAUAGACAAGCACUUGGAAUUGAGCUGAGGCAGGAACUUGCAGUGAGCUCUGGACAAGGGAAUUUGGGCAUUUCCACAGGGUUCUACUGACAGUACCACAGGACUGGGAUGUGUUCCCAAGCCUGAUGUAGACAGAGAUGCAUCUAAUCAUGAGGAAAACAAGUUGUCUCUGUUUUUCAUUUACUGCUGGUAAAAAAAAAUGCCUGGAAAGAUUCUGAGUAGAACUCCUCUCCACCUGUACCAACACUGGUAUUUUCUAAACUUGUCUUAAGAAACAGAUAUAUUUUUCUGACAUUUUCAUUUUAUUAGUUGUCAGGUCUUACUUCAUUCUAUGGACAGGUAUUUCCUAGCUGUUAAUUGAGAAUGCGAGGGUCAACUUUCAAAUUAUCUAGUUUUGGAAGUAGCAGGCUACAUUACAAGUCACAACAUUUCCAUUUGUCUGUCACAAACCAAACAAAAUAUCCCACAAAACCCAACUAACCGAAUAUUUGUAGUACCAUAAAAAGCGGAACUGUCAUAAAGAAAUAGAGCAGGAAGAAAUGGCUUCGGGAAUGCAGGUCUACAUAGGAACAGUAUGAAGAUGAAGGCAAAUAAUGAACACUCGAAGCUGGCCUUGUUUCAAAACCAGAAUUAUCCACGUUAAGCAGGGCCUACAGUGCACAGUCACUUUUAACACUUGAAGGUUUCCUAGAGCAGCCAGAGGGAGAUUUACAUGUAUAGGAAGAAAGAUCAUCUUUUUCAGACCAACCAAAUCCAGGCCAUUUCCAUGCAGAUCCCUAGGAAAGACAGUCCCUUUGUCACAAUUAUUAUUAAAAUGUGUUAAUUUCUGCAGCAGACCUAUCAUGAUGUCCUUCUGCAGGGUGAAAUAUGGACAGUAAUUCUGAGCAGGUAACUCUCCGUGAACACCAUCGUGUUAGUUCUUCCUGCCACCAUCUGUUUUAAAUCUCCCUGAAAUUUCCUUUGUCUAUAAGUAGUAUUGAAGUGUUUCAGAAGAACCCUGUCCCAACUGGAUACUGCCAUCCCCUGUCCAUUUGUGGUUAAACUAACACUGCAGUCUGAGGUCCCCUGUCAAAUGAGGGCUGACAAAUUAACACUCAUUAUGCUACUUCCAAUAAUUUUGAACUAUGUCGUAAGUUGUGAAAGGCAGGGUUUUUUCCAACCUCUCUAGACCUGUGAAACAUCAGCCUCCUCCAAUAGAUGUCAAAGGCACAACAUUUCUUAUUUUCAGUUUAAUCUUCAGAAAGACUUGUUUUCUUAAAGAUUGUUUCUGUACUUAAAGAAAGGGAACAAAAGCAUAUUGUAUGUCUACAGGCUCAUGCAUUGCUCCAGGAGGGAAAAAAUCACAGCACGCAAUGCAAUGUUUUAAUGCCAGUCUCUUCCCUCAGUCGUUUUAUUUAGGCACAGCUGAAUCAAUCUUGGUCCUGCUCAUAAUUUUGCAAUAUAACAUUUUUCAGCCCAGACCUGUGUUUGUCAUACACUAAACACUUUUCCCAACAGUUCAUAGAAUUCAGCAGUCGGUAUCCGAAAGCCAUGGCUGGGGUUGCAGGGAGUACAAGAGUCAGAGAACUGUAAGUUCCAGGAAGAACAGAAAAUGAAUUGCAUGGGGGGUAGGGGAGAGGUAAUCAGUGCUAUGCAAGGCAGGCCCAUGGCACUUAAAUGCCACAAAGCUGUCAUAUUAUGCAUAGUUACUGGAUUUCACAGGAGUUUUUACAGAACCUGUUUUGGUUUUUUUGUUUUGUUUUUUUUUGUUUGUUUGUUUGUUGUUUGUUUUUUUUUUCCCCUCUGCAUGUGUAUCUUGCUUUUGGGGGCGGGAGGGGAGGAAAAAAAAAAAAAAAAAAAAAAAAAAAAACAACAAACUGCUAUCAUUUGAUUUCUCCUUCCACAAAGUCGAUUUGACAAAUAAGGCAUAAGGCCAGGAUAUAGAGAAAUCCUUUCCACGCCCAUGGGCUUUUGACCUUUCCUAUGAGACUGCACUAUUUAUGUAAAUAUACCUGGAGACACUUUCUAUAAGCUUUUAGUUUUCUAUGAUCUAUUACUUUAGUGUUUAUUAAAGAAAAAAAUGUAUAGAAUUAUUAAGCAUUCAGGUAAACACAACAAAGAACACUGCAAACACAAAAUUGUUCUGGAUUUUGACACAUAAAUAACUCUUCAGAAUCACUGUACUGUUUUAAUUCUGUGAUUACUUUCAUUGCUUUGAAAAAUUAAACUUAAAAGAAAGGCCUUAUAAUAAAUGCUAUGUGCAUCUUAACUGUGUUACUGAGCAAAAUCAAUCUGGCAAACUCCUGUUGCAAUUUGUGAUUUUUAAACCCUUAAAAUAAAUGCUUUUCGGUAUUGA